GGUAAUCGGACAUAUAAAUUAUAGAGCGCAGCCUAGCGGAGAGAAGUGUUACCAAGGCAGAUAACCCGUCCAUAUACACAGCAAAUAAUGACGUAACGCAAUUAUACACAUAUGUAGGAUAUGGAUAAGAUGGAAAUAUGCAUCUACCAUGGUCAUGUUUUGCCACAAUAAGUCUGGUUUUCGUCAUUCUUGUUCCGACCAUUGCCAUUGGUCUUCAGUGUUACCAGUGUAGUACAGUUGAGAACAAGGAUUGUGAUGACCCAUUCCGUAACCAUGACUACUCCCCUACAGAAUGUUCCACAAUUUGUGUGAAGAUAAGGUUUGAAGGGACAGUUGAACGAGGGUGUUUAAACAAUCAGUCUCCUUUCCCCGUGAUCAGCCCAGGUGGGUCAGGCUGUGUCUCCCAAUACAUCCCAAUGAAAGGUGUGACAACUGUAUGCAGGUCAGUAUAG